AUGUGGGACGCAUAUUUCUAUGUGCCUAUGGGCACAGAGGAGGAUGCUAUACAGAGCACUGUGCGCAGUACAUACUGUAUACUUGUAUCUGUUCUCGACUCCAACUGCAAAAGCAUCAGCAGCAGUCGCAGCAGCGGUAUAAUCAUCAGGAGCAGCGUAUGCACCAGCAGCAGCAGCAGCAGCAGGAGCAGCACGCGGACGAAGAGUAGUAGAAGCAACACAGUGGCCAGCAGCAAGAGCAGCAGGAAGAUCGCUAGCAGCAGCGGCCGCAGCAGCAAAUUCGCCAGCAGCAUCAGCAGCAGCACACAAUUUACCCGCACUAGUAGUAACAGUAGCACCAGCAGCAGCAAGUGGAGCAGCAGCAGCAGCAGCAAGCAGAGCAGCAGCAGCAGCAGCAGCAGCAAGUGGAGCAGUCGCAGAGGCAACUGCAGCAGCAGCAGUGUCGUAGACAGCUACAACAGCAGAGACAGCUACAACAGCAAGGAGAGCAGCAACAGCAGAGACAGCAACAACAGCAGAGACAGCUACAACAGCAGUGACAGCCACAACGGCGGCGCCACCUACAGCAGCAGCGAUAGCUACAACCACAGCGACAGCUACAGCAGCAGACCCGGCUACAACAGCAGCAACAGCUACAACAGCAGAGACAGCCGCAACACCAGUGGCAGCUAUAAAAGCAGCAACAGCUACAACAGCGGCGACUGCUACAGCAGCAGCCACGGCUACAACAGCAGAGACAGCCGCAACAGCAGAGGCAGCUAUAAAAGCAGCAACAGCUACAACAGCAGCAACGGCUACAACAGCAGCGACAGCUACAACAGCAGCGACAGCUACGACCGCAGCAACAGCUACAACCGCAGCAACAGCUACAACAGCAGAGACAGCCGCAACACGAGAGGCGGCUAUAAAAGCAGCAACAGCUACAACAGCAGGGACAGCUACAACAGCAGAGACACCUACUAG